AUGGGUCCUAGGUCACAGGGCCCUAGUUCGAUGUCCUUAAUCGACGGUCAGAAAUGCAUUUACGAUGAACCGCCGUUGGACACCGGUGACUCAAGCAGAGGUACAAGCAAACGACAAGAACCACUAGACCGAAGCCUAGAAGAAAGUAGCAACGAAGGACUGGUCAAGAUUCAUAAGAAACGUCGUUUCGACACCAGUGAAUGUGGCGGCUCGAAGACCGUCGAUAGUCCAGAGCUAUCCCUCACACCGGAAAAGAAAACCGAGGCACAGCAACCCGAGACUCCACAAAAUGUUCGACGCCUGUACGACCUCGUGGACAACCUCCGCCUCAGGGCAUCGAUGAUUGUUGAUUGCAGUGUCCCCACGAUCUACUACGGCGCCAGGACCCACAAACAGCUGCAGCAGGUCGUGCGCGAAUUCGCCAGGACGGACUAUUGCGGGGAUAUCCUAAUGACGGUGCUGUCGAGCCGCGACUACAGCUGCAUACGCGAGUUCGACCGCCAGAUGUGGAGCAACAGGAACGACAUGUGCCGGGCCUGUGUUAAGCCAUUCAAUUCGGCCAGAGAGAGGCGCGAGGACACCAACUGCAAGUACUACGACAAUCGGAUGGCCCUCAACCACAAAAGUCUACCGCCGGCCUUCGACCUGGAUGAGCUGGUGGCGGCCGGUGAGGAGAUGAAGGCGUGUCCCUACUUCGCGGCAAGGUCCAUGGUCGCCAGCGCUCACAUUGUCUUCUGCCCCUACAACUACCUCAUAGAACCCGCUAUUAGGAGCAGCAUGCAAAUCGACUUGGCGGGCAACGUGGUCAUCAUCGACGAAGCCCACAAUAUUGAGGACAUCUGUCGCGACGCGGCUACCUUCACUUUCACCAGGGACAACGUGCGGGCAGCCCUCAAGGAGUUGGAAACCGUCGCCGGUUACCGAUUCGCCAAUCAGGAGUCGACGAGCAACGUAGAGGAAUUACUGCGCACGCUUAAGAAUUGGGACGAAUGGUUCGUGAACCAAACGCCGCUGAUACAAAAGCGGGCGGUGAGCGGCAAUGAAGCGGUCUUCACGUGGGACGUUCAGCACUUCGUGCAGACCCUCAACAACCACAACAUUGGACAACAGCACUACAAUGGGUUCCGGCAAAACGCCGAGAUAUUCUGCAAACGAUUGCGCGACGAUCCGCGCACUUUGUACGGCGUCACCCAGGCGACUGGAUCGCUGGUCGAAUCGCUGGAGACUGUGCUGGGCUACUUAUUCCGCUGCUCGGGAAAAUACAUGGACGACUUCAAGCCUGCUCUCAUCCGCAACGUGUGGGGCACGGAAUCCCUUUCCGAAAGCGUCUCCUGGCGCAACUCCCAGUUCAAUAAGGCCAUAGACAAGGAGACGCUCUCCCUGCGCCUAAUGUGCAUGAACCCGGCGGUGGUUUUCGAGGGCCUGAAGGCGGCGCGCUGCAUCCUGCUCGCCUCGGGGACCCUCACGCCGCUGCUCAGCCUCCACUCGGAGCUCGCCACCGAGUUCCCGCUCCAAGUCAGCCCCAACCACGUCAUACCGGCGGACCGGCUCGCCACCGAGUUCCCGCUCCAAGUCAGCCCCAACCACGUCAUACCGGCGGACCGGGUGAGAGUUGGACCUUAUUGCCACUGUCUUAAGGCGCAGUUU